AUGAGGCCUCUUAUUUAUGACUCAAACUUCAAGAUUGAUGAAGAAACUACUACUGCCAUGUCGUGGAUCUCGUUUGCAAAUCUGUUGCCUACUUUCUUUGUCAAUGAGUCUUUGUUCUCACUUGCUUCUGAUGUGGGAAAACCUUUGCAUCUUGACUUGGCUACUGUUAAUAAGACAAGGCCAAAUUGUGUGAGGGUGAAGGUCGAAGUGGAUUUAAUAUCAGAUUUCCCAAAGUUUGUUAUGAUGGAGAUUGAGGAUGAAGAUACAAAACAAGCUAGGAAUGUUAAGGUAAAGUUUCACUAUGAUUAUCUUCCGAAGUAUUGCACUGAGUGCAUGCUUCAAGGACAUGUAAAUAAGAGUGUAGAGUUCUUGGCUCAGAAGGAGCCUCACAAGGUUCAGGAUAAAAGUAAUCAGGAUGACGGUGUUAUAAAUCAGAACAAGUAUGGAGUUUUAGGCAGUAUUCAAGAAGAGGAGGAGAUAAUACAAGAAGAAGAUAUGAAUACAAGUGAGGCAACUCAGGAUGCUAAUAAGGCAGACACUAAUUUAACCCUUGAGAAAAACAUUCAGAUGGAGGAUCAGAUUAUUAAUGGAGAUACCACUCAAGCAACUGACAAUUUGAGCGGUUCAGGCAAUAGUGUAUAUCAAGAACUUGUAGACAAUGUGAUAGUAAUAGAUAAUCACAUAGCUGUAGAACAACAUGAAGAAGAAACUGAUGAGGUGGGAGAUUCUAUAGAAGCAGAGAUUUCAAAGUAA